AUGGAAACAGAGGAAUUAAUUAUUCAUAUUCAGUCUGUAACGAUCAAAGAUCGUAUAAAAGAAUUUUUAAACUUACCAAGACCUAUACAUGAAGAACUUGAUGAUAAUGAACAAUGUGUUUGGUCUUCGAAUAUACUCUUAUGUGCAACAGUUUUUCUUGAAGAUGCUGUUAAUUAUCAAUCAAUAGUACAUAAAGUAACAAGAAAAUAUUUGUUAAUCUAUCGAUGGUUUUCAAGUUCAUUUAUAAAAAAAUUACAUCAAAUUAUUUUAAUGAUUAAUCUCUGUUUAGCAUUAUUUGAACAACCAUCAUCAUUUAGUAUAACAUCAGAUGUUCGUGAUCAACCUGAACGAAUUAUUUUCUCUUAUAAUAUACUUAUGAUAAUUGAAGGUUUAACACUUUUUUGGUUUCUUUUUUAUAUAUCUACAAAAAGUACUUGUCUUGGUAUAAAAUAUGUUCAAAAACGAUUUUGGAUCAUUAUUUUUUUCAUUGUUAUAAUUUAUUCAUUAUGUGAAUGGUUUACAUUGUUUAUAUUUAUUCGUCAAACAUAUCAUGGGAUUCGGCCAGAUAGUCAAAAUACAACUUAUUUUUCUAAUCUACAUGAUUCAGUCUUUCAAUUACUUGUUCUUUAUUCAACAGCAAAUAAUCCUGAUAUUAUGAUGCCAGCUUAUUCUGAUAGACGUUUAAAUGCAUUAUUUUUCAUUGUUUUUGUUAUUAUUGGUAUUUAUUGGAUACAAAAUAUAACAACAGCUGUCGUUUAUCGGGCUUUUCGAGGAUAUUUUCUAAAUUCAAUAAUUAAUUCUCAAUUACGACGACGUAUAGCUGUACGAGCAUCAUUUGAAAUCUUAAGAAAACGUAUGUCAUAUAAUCGAUCAAUUGAAACAAAAGAUACAGUACCAAUAUCAAUUAUUCAAACAGUAUUAACUUCAGUAUCGAUGAAUAAAUGGCAUUUUAAUCAAAUUAAUCAUUGUUUAAAUGAAUUCAUGUAUGAAAAUGACGUAAUUAAUCUUGAUCAAUAUACUCAUAUCAUGCAAUUAUUAGAUCUAAAUCCAAAAUUAGCACCAGAUCUUGAUAUUGAAGCUUUAAAUGAAAAUCUAUUCGAUCGACUUAAAGCUGUUGGUCGUUCAAAAGCAUUCGAUUUCAUCGGAACAAUAUUUGCUAUACUUAGCGUACUUCUUGUUACAAUUGAAGUUAGUCAUCAUCAUUUAAAUACAGAUUAUGAAGAUCUGGUUAUAUAUAUAAUACCAAUAGCUUUUAUUAAUUUAAGUUUAAUAAUUUAUUUUUUUCUUGAAAUAAUUGUUAAAGCAUGGGCAUUUGGACCGAUAAUUUUUUUUCGUUCAUCAACUAUGCAUAUAUUAGAAGCAACUGUAGCAUUUACAUGUUUCAUUUUACAAAUGAUUUAUAUUAUGAUACAUGGAACACCGGUGAUGGCUAUGAAUAGAUAUGUGGAUAUGAAACAGGAAGAAAAUUCUUUUUUGACACUUUGGGCAACAACAAAAACGUGCAAUAUGUUAUUUAUCUAUCGUUUAAUUCGUUUUUUACCAGCAUCAAAAAAUAUUCGAAUUAUUGUUGGAACAGUUAUUGAUGAAAUUCGAAAUGGUGGAGCAUUUUUUGGUGUUUUAUUUAGUUGUUAUUAUGCAUAUUCAAUACUUGGUAUGGAAUUAUUUGGUGGUGCUGUUGAUGAACUCUACAGACGAUAUAAUCAGUCAAAUCAAACAAUUUGUGGUACUUAUGAACAAUUAGAGUAUUGGCCAAAUGGAUUUAAUGAUUUUUAUUCAUCCAUGGUUACAUUGUAUCAUAUAAUGAUUGUAAAUCAAUGGUAUGUCUUUGUUAAUGGAUUUCGUAAUGCAACAGAUUCAAUAUGGAGUGAAUUAUAUUUUAUAUUUUGGUAUUUAUUUGUAACAAAUAUUGGAUUGAAUAUUUGUCUUGCAUUAAGUGGUGAUAUUCAUGAUGCUAAAAAGAAACGAGCUGAUCAACAUGAAGAAUUAAUUGUAUCGAAUAUGUAUGAUAUUUAUAGAUCUGAUAUAAAAGAGCCAACAUCUACAGAAAUUAUUCAACGAUUACAUCAACAUCCAUAUAUUAAUUUUCGAGAAAUUUCAUCUGAAAGGAGAAUAAUCUCAACUUGA